AUGAUGGAACGAAAAAAAAUCCACGAGAAGACAAAUAACGGGAACAAGGGAAAGUACCCUGGGAAGUUAUUCGCAAAUCAUGCAAACAUGAAGAAUCAAAAUGUGAACGAAAAUAAGCAGCAAAAUGAUUUUACGACAGCGGAAGCAGCAUGGAUGGAAAAGAAGCAGAAGCUGUACAAAGACACAAAUAAUCAGCCCUUGUGGAAUUUUAGAAAAAUCCAAAUCAACCCAACGGACACAGAUGAAUUGAUUAGUUUCCCAACAAAUCAAAUAUCCUCCAACAGGUAUGGAACAUAUUCCUUCCUCUUUAAGAGUCUAUAUGAGCAAUUCUUACGAUUACCAAACAUGUGGUUUCUGGUCAUCUGCCUGCUAGAAUUUAUUCCCGCUUUUCAGAACCUGUCAAACUAUAUGUAUUAUACUAAGCAGCCUUCCAUUUAUUUGCUAGCCUUAUUUGUAUGCGUGUCUAUUGUGAAAAAUGUGUACGAAGAUUCUCGGAGGUCAAACAUAGACUCUCAGAUCAAUAACAGGCUGUGCCACGUUGUUGACGGUUCCAAUAGUCAGCUAAAAGCAGUGAGGUGGAUGGACCUAACGGUCGGUAGUAUCAUUCGUCUGAUAGAAAAUGAGCAAGUGCCUGCAGAUAUUCUCCUGCUAAGUUGCAACAACAAUGAAGGGUUGGUCUACAUAGAGACGUCGCUAAUAAAUGGGGAAACAAACUUAAACAAAAAAUGUUGUGUUAACGAAACGAGGGAUGAGACGUCUAUCUAUGGGAUCUGUAACAUAAGAGGAAGAAUCAUUUGUGAAAAGCCAAACAGCAACAUGGAAUCAUUUAACGGGUCCCUAAAGUUAGACGCUCAUCCUCGUGCUACCUCCCUAUCAAUUAACAACGUUGUCUUUAAGGGGUCCUACAUAAAAAACACCGACUACAUUUUCGGAGUCAUCAUUUACACAGGAACAGAUACCAAAAUUAUGAAAAAUAUAAUAAAGAGUGUAUACAAAUCUGGAAAUGUGAACAGAGAAUUAAAUAUAUACACCAUCUUGAUGAUCAUAUUUACCUUUAUCUGUGUGUUCAUAUCAGUCUUGUGCAAAUGGACAGAAGAUGAUAAGUUCAAAAACGGAACUCACUUUCUGCUAAUUACAGUCAAGGAUAAUUUAUUCGAAUCUAUCGUAAAGUACACCCUGCUCUAUUCCAACAUCAUUCCUAUUAGCAUCCUCAUAACGGUCGACUUAAUUUCUAUUUUGCAGAGUGUACUUAUCGAAAAUGAUAAUCGAAUCAGUACCUUCGAAAAUGAAUUAUCCGAACCGUCCAUCAUCGAUAAAAGUGAUGAACAUGCUGAUUUGAGAAUUACAAAAUCGUGUAACUUCUUUAGAAAAUACACCUUCUUUUUGAAUAAUUUUACCAGAAGGAACUUUACCAAAAAUAGAUUUUCUUCAACCAACACAGAACCAAAUUCGGAAAAGAUGAAAAGCUCCAUCAGUAAGUUUGAUAAACUCAGGGCUUUAAAAAGUUACUUUAAUAACAGAAGCAGCUUUAUCAGCUCCAAGUCGCACAUGAAUACUUCUUAUAAUAGGAGCUCCCUGGCCGAGAGUGACAAUGUACAGGGGAAAAAGGGAAACAGACAGAAUCACUUCCUUGAUAAGGUGAAGAAUGCCUUUCUAAGAAAAGAUAAACUCGUCAAUUUUGAGGAGAAUAUGGUAUCCAAGCACGGUGUACCCUACCAUGGACAAGUGAAGAGCGGCUGCUCCUCUGCCGCGGCCUCUAACAUGAAGGGUUCUCUGCGCGGCAAAAUGGACGUAGAGAUUAGCGGCCAGGUCGACGGAGAGUCUAACUGUCAUGUCAGCAGCCACGCCGACAAUUUCCUCAGUGAUAACAAGGCAACUCGACUGAACACCGAUGGUGCGGCGAGGAGAUGGAGAAACCGACUACACGCCCUCCUCCCAUUUUUUCGAAGACAAAAGAAGGCAAACAGAACAAUUAAUGCGGUAAAAAAAGUGGAUAAAAUGAAGAGCCCCAGUAAGUGCUACUUCCCCAAGGACCGCUCUACCCCCAAAGAGGAUGAAUACGGCUGGGGAAUCUGUCUCAAUUCUAAUAUGCAUGGAGAUUUAGGAAACGUCGAUUUUAUAUUUACCGACAAAACGGGGACUUUGACGACCAAUGACAUGUCUUUCAACAUGUGUUCCAUUGGUGGUAGAACGUAUGGAGAAAGGCGACAAAAAGGGAAGAAGCUAAAAACGGGGAAAGGAAUGCCUUCCAAUUGUAGUCGAACGGGAUCCUCCCACAAUGGUGAUAAUGAUAUAAAGAAUAAUAGCAGUAGCAAUCGCUUCUUUAAAAAGCGAAACUCGGAAGACACGUUGGUAAAAAAAAUUUCCUUCGCCACCAACAUCUGCAAUGAGUCAUCGGAUGAAUGUGAACAAGCUUCCGAGGGGCACCGCAAAAAGAGGAAUCAUCUCCGUCUUCACCAUGAACAAUGGCGGGGGAACAACACAAGUGAGAACCAAUCGGAGAAUUCUCACACUCACGAUGCUGAUAAUCCGAAGAAAGAAGAAAACAUGUUUCCGAACUAUAAAUCCAGUUCCUUUUGGGAUUACCAAUCGAAGGGUAUAGAUCGAAAAAAUUCUGGCAAUUCUUUAAAUAAAUGUCCAUCCUUGCAAAAUUCUGCGACGUUAUCCUCUUCCAUAUCGCCAAUGUCUUCCUCCCGUUUUUCCGCCCCUUCAUCUUCCCCCUGUUCAUCGUCUUGCACAUCUUCUUGCACAUCAUCGUGCUCAUCUUCGGAUUUGUCAUCUGCUUCGUCCUAUGGUUCUUAUCUCUCCUCCUGCGGCGGCGUCCACAACAACGUCAAUUCGUCCUUCUUGUGUUCCUCGUCCAACAAGGAUCAUCACGAAAUGGCUAACGAUUAUGAUAGCAUCAGGAGUUACUCCGAAUUGGGGCCGGAAAAAAACAACCACACACAUCUGGAAGAUGAAACUAAGGAUGCUGCUACAGGGAGAAGGAGAGGAAGAGAGAAGUACUCCCACGAAUGCGCACACGAAAAUGCUGAUCUGUCCCACUUCUUUGACCGAAAUUAUCAAACCUAUUUAAUGCAACAUAAAUUUUCGAGACCCCAAAGUUUUCGAAUGAAUAUAAACACAGGAUCUGUUAAAGCGAGGUGUGAUUUUAAUGACAAAAGAAUUUACGAAGAUCUGAAUUCGAAGACAUGGAGAGGCUACUACAUUGAUGAGUUCUUCAAAUGUAUAACUCUAUGCCAUACAGUAGUCCCUUUCAUCCAAUUCGAUUAUAUCCGAAAUAAAAACUUAACUCAUUUUCCGUCGCGGAGCUCCAAGGGAGUUUCCCAAUAUAUAGAAAAGUACAUCAAUCAUCCGAAGCAACAGUCAAACGAUAUUGUCAAGACGAGCAAUGAACUCAAUUUACAAACGUCCAUGGAGUAUGACGGCGUGCAGGAGGCAGAAGACGAAGAAGAAGAACAUCGGGAAGUAAAUAAAUUUGGGGAUAGACAAACAAAAUGGAUCAGCGAAAUCGGAGGCACUGCCAAGAAUGCAAAAAAGAAAAAUGAAACCAACGUAUACAAUUACAACAGCUUGAAUAAUUUGAGACAUAAUCAUGAAAAACAAAACAAGAUAAAAUUUAAAUUCCUUUUUAAUAAAAAAUUUAGGAAGAAAAAAAAAAGUUACACUUCUUUCUCCAGCUUAGAGAUUUACAAAGGCACAGAAAAAAAACACACAAGCAGAUGGAACAUUUAUUUGAGUAUGAAAAAGAAGAAGAAUUUGUUUUCCAAUGAGAAGAACAAUAAAAAGAGUGAAAGCGCUUACAUGUCCAAGAGGAUUAGCGCAGUUUCGUUUAAGCAGAUAUCGAAGGAGAAGUCGUCUUCCCUGAACAGCUAUGGGAGUCAUCGCCAUAGUGAAGGUGGACCUGCUGGAGUGGAAAGAAAAUACAAAGCCAAGUCGCGAAACUUGGAUGAAAAGAUCUUCGAAUUAGCGUCCCUCGUUAACGAGAAGGGUUCCCGCAUCAACAUGGCAAAUAACAUCCCAAAUAACAUGGCAAAUAGCUGCCCAAAUAACCGAGCGAAUGUUCCGCCCUCAGUGUAUGAUGACGAAGGAACCCCCAAAAAGACGGAGGAGCGCAAUGCUAUACAGGACUCCGAUUUUGACCUAGACAAAUGUAGAGAGCCCCGAAUGACGGAUAACUAUACCUCCGAGUCAAAUGUCUACUUGGAUGCCAUCAAAUAUCAGUCCAGCUGCCUCGAUGAGGAAUGCCUGAUUUACACCUCCAACUAUCUUGGAUACCGACUUAUACUGAGAAACAAGAACACCAUGUGCGUCGAAAUAGAUGGGAACCUGCACAAGUGGAACAUCAUCGGGAUUAAUGAAUUCACGAACAAGAGGGGACGAAUGUCUGUUGUCGUCAAGCCCGAGUUUAUGCAGUCUGGCUCCAUUCUCUAUGUGAAGGGAUCCGACACGUCCAUCCUGUCCCUGCUCAAUUUGAAGUAUAGCAGAUUUUUGGAAAGGGGAGAAAAACGAAGGAGACGGAAGAGAAAGGCACACAAGGAGAGGGGGCGCGACACAACCAGUCCGACGGGGCUGUCCAGCAGCAGGGAAAGGCAUCCCAGGAAAACCGACAAAUUGGACGCGACCCAGGGGAAGAGCUCCGCCAGUGGGAUUAACACGGACGAUGAAUGCCACCAGUGUGAAGAUCAUUCCCACCAUGCCGAAUGUCCCCAUCAUGGAACAGAUACGCAUCUCGAUGCGGACUCCAACGCGAGGAGCGAAAGUUCCCGGUUCGCGAAGCGGUACCGGCAGCUAGAAAAGCAGCUUCGCCGCUUCUCCGUCAGGGGGCUAAGAACCAUGGUGUUUGCCUUUAAAUAUCUAAACGAAGAAGAAACGGUGAAGUAUAAAAAGAUGUACGACGAUGCGUUCGUGUCGAUAUACAACAAAGAGGAGAAACUAGAGAAGGUGGCCGAAGCAGUGGAGACAGAGUUAACCUACUUAGGCAUCACCGGGGUUAAAGAUAGGUUACAAAAAAAGGUAUCCAAAACCAUUGAAAUCUUGGGUCAGUCGGGGAUCCGAAUAUGGAUGCUAACAGGAGACAAUGUAGAGUACUCAUUACACAUUUCCUUCUUGUGUAAAUUUUUAAAUUCACACACGAAGAUAUUUCACGCCAUGUUGGAAAAUACUAAUUGUAGGAAAUUAAAACGAGAAGGAAAAGCGUUGUAUGAGUUGUUCCAAUUAGAGAAGGAAGAAAAAAAGAGUCAUGAAAAAUUGUGUCUACUAAUCAAUGGAAAGAAUUUACAAACCUUUCUAAACCAUAGUGAUUUACAAACCCAUUUUCUAAACAUGGCAUGUAGUUCCGAUGUCGUGAUAGCCUCUAGAAUAACUGCAAAGCAGAAAGCAUUCAUUGUACAGUUGAUAAAGCAUAGACUGACUCCAACCCCGAACACAUUAGCCAUUGGAGAUGGAGCUAACGAUAUAGCGAUGCUGCAGGAAGCAAAUAUAGGAGUGAGUAUCAUGACCCCUGAAUGUAUAAUUUCUUCUGGCUAUUCAGAUUAUUGUAUACAGAAUUUCUGUUGUCUUCGCAAGUUACUAUUUAUAUAUGGCUCGAAGCAUUUAUACACCAUCAGCAUUAUUCUGUACUGGAAUUUUUUUAAAAACAUUGUCCUAAUAUUGCCCGUUUUUUUUUAUCAAGCAUAUGCAUCAUGGAGUUGUGUAAAGAUAUACCCAGAAUUGCUAUACACCUUUUUCAACAUCUUCUGGAUUUUUAUCCCUGUAAUUUAUUACGCGUUCUUGCAGCACAAUUUGAAUUAUGACGUACUGUAUAACAUUCCUUUAUUUUAUGCCCUCAGUAGAAGGAAGUACAAUAUGAGUACGCUGAAAUUUUUCCCUUGGAUUGUCGAAGGCAUUUUUUACUCUGUUAUUGUGUUUUUUUUUGCGUACACAGCACUUCGGGAGAAUUCUCACUUGAGUAAUGGGGAGGUAGUUACCAUUAGCACCUUUGGCAAUAUUUGUUUUCUUGGUUGCUUUUUAAUUUCGAUUGUUCGUCUUUUUCUGGAAGGAUCUCUAUGGUCGCCAUCCAUAUUGAUUACCUGUCUGGGUUUCUUCCUUUUUGUCUUUUUCCCCUCUAUUUUGUUUAUAUUAUUUGCCUACAUUUCUAAUGACUACAUAAGGGAGGUCUUCAGGCAGACCUUCAUGUGGGCUCCUCUCUACAUUCUCUUAACCCUGUGGUUUACUACCUGCAUCAUCUGCUAUAUAUUUAUUAAUUUUGUAAAAGCUGUCAUGUUCCCAAAUAUUUACAGCGUUGUCAACCAUUGGCUCUUCGAGCAGUACAAGGAGAAGCACAGUAAGUACAAGUACGUCCACUUCCUAUCGGGGAAGAAAAAAUUCAUAAACUUGAAAAAAAUCGGAAGAAAAUUUAAGCACAGAUUUAGCGAAACCGUCCACAAGACAUACAAAUUUAACCCGACCAUGAAGCGCUCAAAGAAGGACCAGGACUACACAACGAACGAAAAGAAAUGCCUAGCUAAAGAGCGCAACCUCGAGAGCUCCUACUCCAAAGGGUUCAACAAAGACGCGAAUUCAAAAUUUGUCCAAGGCGUCUUUGAUGGAGAUGUCUGCCUCGGCUGCAAUGAUGAUACCCAGUUCGAUGAGGAGAAAACUUAUGGCAUCCCCAGAGUCACCUUGCGCCAGCAGCCUGUCCACGGGAUGGAAAAUUUAAGUCACUCAGAGGAUGGAAGUGACAAGUGGGAUGCACAAGGAGACACCACAAAGAAGAAGAAGCCCGUUGGACGUAAAAAGACGAGAUGGGGCAAUCCAAACGGCGGAAAUGAAAACGAGGGGAGGCAGGAAAAAAAAGCGGGGAGACCAACAGAGCAAAGUAAUAAAUCCCGUUUGGAGAACAAACACAGAAAGGAACAUCGAAAAGGUGAUGAUCUGCCUAAAAAUGACACGGAACAGAAUAGGGACACCGCGCCAUCCAACAAGGAAGUAGCGAUGAAAGCGCGAAAGGGAAAAGUUGCAGCAGAUGAGGAGGUGGAACUAACACCAUUGAAGAAAAAAGCAGCUAAUCGUGUGACUGCCGGGGGGGGAAAAAAUGGGGCAGCAAAUUGCGAGACAGCAAAUCGCGAGACAGCGAAUGGGGAGACAGCGAAUGGCGAAAUGCCCAAUGCCGAAAUACCCAAUGCUGGGGAUGACCGAGAAAACCGCAUCGACUCAGCGUAUUGGUCAGAGGCCGAGUCGUCCAUCGCUAGAAUUGAUGAAUCCCUGAUGGUUGAAAUGAGAAAUUGCCUAAACCCGUUAAAGAACACCUUUCUAGUGGAUUUGCUACCCCAAGGAAAGCGCUUCCGAAUUAAUGAGGAACACAUAUUUUUUAAAAACAACGAAAAGAUGGAACACAUUCCAGAACCCCUAGAUGUGAACAAGAGGAACUAUCACAUUAUACAAAAUAAGGCGGAGUUUUACGACAACGAAUCCACGUCGGACUUCUCUUACACAAGUACAGACAGUCUGAAUGACAACAAUGGGAAAAAGAAGAAGAAAAAAGAAGACGCACAAAAAGAAAUUGUAAAAGUUAGCAACCUGAUUAACAGAUUUACGUUAGCAUUUAAGGACAUGCAACUGGAGUCAGGGUUUCAGAUUCAUAAGAAGAAUAAAUUUUACAAAAUUUUCACCCCUUGGUACAGAUUCAUUUUUAUCCUCCUAGGUCUCUUUUUUCUGUACAUCUGGAAGUUAGAGUCGUCACUGAGGAAAUACUGGAACAUAUCAUCAAAUGCUUCCACCGAUUUGUUCAUUCUUAUUUUGUCCUUACUACUAGAAUUAGUCCUCAUAGCAGCAACCGUUACGACGUUUUUCCAAAAUAUAUUCAUCGAGAAUUUCAACAAAAUUAUCAGUGCUGUCGUGAUAUUGAUCAUAACUCAUCAUGUAGUUACUUACUCCAUUACGCACGUCGAUGGAGUUUUCCAAGCGGUCCUUUUCCCUCUCUACACAUUUGUCAUUUUGAAAUUGCCUUUUGUUAAUGCGGUGUUGUGUAACAUCAUUUUUUUAAGUCUGUUCAUCAUCAGAUUUAAAGGAGAUCACUUCUUAGACAAAAAAGGAUUAGCACAUUACAUUCCUUUAUUUAUCGGGGUCGAUGUGUUUGUAGGUUUUGUCGGGUACCGCUUGGAAUAUAAUCAGAGAAAAAAUUUCCUCCUAGAGUAUUCAGUGGAGUCGUCCAGACGAAAACAAAGAGAAAUAUUAAACACCAUGCUUCCCCCUUUUGUUGUUGAUGAGAUGAUUUACUCUGAACUGAAUGAAGAAGGCAUUCCCAUUUCGUUAAAAGCAGAAGAUAUAGAAACCGUUACCAUAAUUUUUUGCGACAUUUAUGACUUUCAAAAUAUCGUUGCCAGUAUUGAACCUACCAGGCUGGUCGAAGUCCUGGACAGACUAUUCCUCUGCUUCGACAAAUGCACAGAACAGUUUAACUGCACCAAAAUUGAAACCGUCUUCGAAACGUACCUUGCUGCAUGCGGGUUGGUAAAGAAGGAGGGAAGUGAGUCCAAAGAGAAUACGGCUCAACAGGAUGCCCACGAUUCCAUAGACUUUGCAUUGUCAAUUCUGCAGGUUAGCAGCCACAUCAAGUACGAGAAGACGAAGAAUAUGUUCAAAGGGGGAGACUCGUUCGGCAGUGGGGCGGAGGCCAUCGAGGAGGGGGCAGCGGAAAAGAACGCAUUCGCAGCCGAAAACGCAACAACAACCGCAAGCGCAAACGGAAACGCUACCGCAACCUCAAGCGCAGCUAACUGUGGCACCGCCGCGGAGAGAGGCCCUACUCGAAUCAGAGUCAAGAUAGGAAUAAACUCCGGCAGAAUCAUCGCAGGUGUGGUGGGGUCGAAGAAGCCGCAGUACGCCCUGUUCGGAGACACAGUCAACACGGCAUCUAGGAUGAAGACGACCGGGAAGCCAGACUACAUACACAUAUCCGAAGCAACGUACGAUUUGGUAAAGGAUGACAAAACGUUGAUAUAUGAGAAGAAGGAAACAGAAAUUAAAGGAAAAGGAACGAUGACGACGUACCUCCUAACAUCUGUCAUCGGGUUGAACUAUCCAUUUUUAGACGAACCCAUAGACGGAAAGGCUAAUUUCAUAUCGGAUUUCCACCUAGACAGUAAUGACCCAAGUAACAACAUAAACCUCGACCAAACACACAACAUCUUAGGUCUCUACUCAAACAGAGUUAAUCAAAAUAAUGAGUAUUACAUAAAUGACACCAUAUAUAAUGACGAGUACAGCUUUAACGAAUCAGAUAAUGACACAAACAGGGAUUAUGUCAAUUUGAAAGAGCUGUCUGUUCAGGACUUUUUUCCAAAUGAGUACAUUAGAGAUGUCAAUACCCAUUUCUACGAAAUUAUUAAACUGAGGAAUUUAAAAAUAGGCACAGCUGUAGGGCAUCAGCUGAAACAGAAGGAUGUACUCAACAUGACCUUUUUAAAUAAUGGACUGAACAAUGACACCACGACAAAUUUCAACGCCUACAUUGAAAGUAAUAACAAUUUCGAGGAGAUAAAAGAACUCGAUGUAGGGAUGAACAGACUGUCGCUCAGUGACUCCCUAUAUUGCUUAAAUGAGAACUUGAUAAAAAAGGAUUCAGAAAAUGACAACCUUCACCACAGGGGGAAACUUCCCACGCAGGAAAUAAUUGACCAGCAUACUAAACAAAGCAUACAAAAUUUUGCCCAUUCUAAUAGAGACCUCUUGGACAAAAAUGAAGAUGAUAACAAGGACAUGCAGUUGUGCACACGAAAAUGCAACGUGUGUGGUGAGAACUUCUGCACUCCAAAUGAUUGUAUCAAUUAUGAUCAUGCGAAUCAUGUGUCGUAUCAUAAAAUGUUGAGUAACAUAAGGAGGAAUUAUCUCAAGAAUAUUAGGAAGGACGCGAAAAAAGAUGCAGACAGGAAGGAAGAACUGGAUGGACGGGGGUCCAAGAGGGGUGUUCUACUGCCCAGCUAUGUCGCUUCGUUCUCAUCGAAGCUGUUUUCCAUUUUUGGAUGGCGAAAACGGAACGAACGUCGCAACGCGGAGGGGGAAGUGCACCAUCCGGACAUUCCCUCCCAGAUGGGAUGCACACAGGGACAAUCUCAACCGGAUGAUCCGAAAAGCAGCGCAAAAAAGCAAACCUCCCCUCUGAGGGAAAAACCGGAGAAGAGUCCUCGCCCGAUCGAAAAGGAGGACAAAUCCAAACGAGUAAUACUGCUCAACAGCGAGUGGAUCUUCCUCAAAUUUAGUGACAAAAAUUUGGAGGCAAAAUACAGGGCCCACUUCUACAGCAAUAAAUCGAACAUCAACUCGAUCGAACAGGCUCUAAUCAUAUUCCUAGUUACCUUCGUCAUGCAAACCUUAAUUUCGAGCACCGUGCCCAUCGUCUUCGUGGACCACAAGUUUGCAACGCAGACGUUAGAAGUGAACUACUUUGCCUACUGGUCCGUUCGUUCUCUCUACACGUACCUUGGCUUUAUCCUUUGGCUACUUUUUCACUACAGAACGAAGCCUGAAGUGUCUUCCCUGCUAAACAUAAAGUGGAUGAUAUUUUUCCUCAAUUUAUUAUUCAUAUCUGCCGCUUGCGUUUUUUCCAUUUCGUACUUAUGGGCCAUUUCCGAGAUAGACCAGACAACUUCAUACACCAUAUGGAUGACAAAUGAUACGAUAGAGUUUUUUUUUUACCUAGUUAUAUUGCACCAUAACACGGGCAUGCUAUUCCAGACAUGCAUCCUGGUCGACCUAUUAUUCAUUACCAUGUCUUUAACCUUCAUAUCAACAAGCGUGGUGAAGACAAUCACUACGGACUCCACGGUAAUGUUGAUUCCCUGGUAUGUAACCUUCAAUUUGAUAUCUACCUACUGCAAAGAAUCCAUAGAUCGGAGGACCUUCUACGCACAUGAAAGUGCCAAGAAGACAGAAAACAGAGCAACAGAGCUUCUUAACGAUAUGCUUCCAAAACACGUGUUGGAAGAGUUCCAACAGGAUAGACUUAAACUUGCAUACACACAUGACCGAUUAACUUUUCUCUUUGCGGACAUUUGUGGAUUUACUUCUUGGGCCAAUGGAGUUGACGCAUCUGAAGUGUUGACAUUACUACAGAAAUUAUUUGCCAAGUUUGACAACGACAGCACUAAAUAUGGCCUAUACAAAUUAUGCACCAUCGGGGAUGCAUACGUCGCUAUAAGUGAGCCAGUCACAGAAGAUAACCAAGAUUAUGAUCCUGUUGAUGGGACGGAGAGGGUACUGGAAAUGGCAUAUUCGAUGAUCCGCAUUAUAAAAGAAAUAAGAGAAAAAUUAUGUAUCCCUAAUUUGAAUAUGCGCAUUGGAUUACAUUAUGGGUCAUGUGUCGGAGGAGUUAUCGGAUCUGGACGACUACGAUAUGACCUAUGGGGAAUUGAUGUCCUUACUGGGAAUCUCAUGGAGAGUAACGGAGUCCCUGGGAAGGUUAACGUCUCCGAAACGCUUAAGAAUUUUCUCCUACAACAGUUUAAAAAUAGGUUCAUAUUUAAACCGCAUGCUACCGUUCGGGUCAUCUAUAAGGACGUAAAAUCUUUUAUCAUAACGGAUAAGAAAGAAAUCGAUGCGAUGAAUAACUCCAAGAAUUUACACAACCGGGGAUAUUUACUCAACCGGAAAAUGCGCAGAAAGAAUCAGUCGGAUGUUGACUUUCUAUUUGAUGGCAAGAGGCUUGGCACCUUCACUCACACCAUGUGCAACUCGAAUUUCUUUGAUUAUAGCCAGGCGCCCAACAGGGAUUUGUAUUACAUCAAUGUGAACGAUGAGGAGUCCAAUUUGUAG